CAACGAAUUUCGAAUAUGGACAAAAACUUGGAAGUUGCCGUUUGGAAGCCAAUCAAUUUGAAAAACGUUCGUAAAUUUGCAGUCGAACACUUCAAACGCAGACGCGCACCACACGGCAACGCAACAAGACAACCAACGCCAUUGGCAGCUGACAGCGUAGGGGUGUCGAAUCGAGUGUACGUUGGCAACGGCGACGAAGCGGGCACUUCGUCAGCAAUAUCAUUGAGCGCUGGUAGCAUCAAAGCAACACGAUUGGCAUCAGUGGACGCACUCGAACUAGCAAGUGUAGUAAAAGUUUCGAAGCCGACCGGAACUAAGCCGAAACUUCCGAAACGUUUACGAGCGACAGCAACAACAACAGCAACAGCGAUCACACCACGCACUAGCUUACGUCACAAACAGUAUAAACAACGUCUACAACAACAUCCGUACACCGAUGUGGUAGUGGAUGCAAGCGAAUCGAGAAAGAUGGCACAACAGAAUGGUGAUAAUGAAACUAAACCUCUCACACAGGCAUACCUAACGGAGAAGCCGAAAAUACAACCGAAAUAUGAUGUCCAUCGUGAUGUCUUAUCCCACGAGGUGGUCAUCAAACAGACUGGCUAUGGUGCGCGCGACAAAAGCAUACCAUCGGGUGUACGUCGCUCUUGGGAGCAUUGGUCCUUCCUGUCGCUGUUUGUCGGCAUAAUACCGAUUGUACAAUGGUUGCCACGCUACUCACUGCGUCGUGAUGCUAUGGGUGAUCUUGUGGCUGGUAUAACGGUGGCGAUUAUGAAUAUACCCCAUGGUAUGGCAUACGGUAUAUUGGCGGGUGUGACACCGGGUUGUGGGCUCUCGCUCGCCAUUUUCCCCGUUAUAGUCUACAUGAUAUUGGGCACAUCGAAGCACAUAUCGAUUGGCACUUUUGCUGUGAUAUCUAUGAUGACAUUGAAGGUGGUACAAACAUAUGCCACCGAAGAUCACUUGUUAUCAGCACCGGCGGCGGCGAUAAAUGGCACGUUGGGUGAUGCCGCGGAAGCUGUAAAGGUGGCUGAAAUAAUAACGCCCGUCGAAGUAGCAACAGCCUUGGCGUUUUGCACGGGAUUGCUACAUCUCGGCAUGGGCUUUUUUCGUCUGGGCACAUUAUCAGCGCUACUUAGCGAACCACUGGUCAAUGGCUUCACUACUGGUGCCGCCGUACAUGUCACCGUCAGUCAGUUGAAGGAUGUGCUAGGCGUGCAAGUGCCACGCUAUAAGGGUGCUUUUAAAAUUGUCUUUACCGUCAUCGAUCUCUUCAAGUCUAUACCAAAAACGAAUAUCGUAUCGCUUGUUAUUUGCCUCUGCAUUAUGGUCUUCAUGACGAUCUGCAAUGAAUGGCUUAAGCCCUGCCUAAAAAAGCGUUGUCGCUUGCCUUUCCCCGGCGAGUUGAUAUCCGUUAUAGGCGGUACCUUGAUCUCACGUCUACUCAAUCUGCAUGGCAACUAUGGUGUGACAUUAGUCGGUGAUAUUCCAAAAGGUUUACCUAUGCCUGAAUUGCCGCGUAUGGAUUUAGUACCAGUCGUGGCGGUGGAUUCCAUUGCUAUAGCGAUUGUCAGCUUCUCAGUUGUCAUGUCUAUGGGACUGACAUUUGCGCGGAAACAUGCAUACGAGGUGCGUGCUAAUCAGGAACUCUUCGCAUUGGGCAUGGCCAAUUGUAUAUCCAGUUGUUUCUCUUGCUAUCCGCUGGCAUGUUCACUGUCGCGUUCCGUUAUACAAGAGCAGACCGGCGGUGUGACACAGAUAGCAUCACUCGUAUCAGCCACAUUGAUUAUAAUGACAUUGCUGUGGAUGGGCCCGUUUUUCAGCACACUGCCACGGUGCGUGCUGGCGGGCGUUAUUAUUGUCGCGCUAAAGCCAAUGUUCCUGCAGGCCAAAGAGCUUAAGAAAUAUUCUAAACAAGGCAAGUUGGAGCUUCUCACAUGGCUUACGACCUUUAUACUGGUGGUAUUGAUCGAUAUUGAUUAUGGCCUCCUUAUCGGCAUUUUAAUUUCAUUACUGGCGCUCUACAUAAAGGGUCUGAAACCAUAUUGCUGCCUAUUGGGCACCAUACCCGAAGCACCCGCCGUCUAUGUGGAUCUCAAUCAUCAUCGCAACGCGGUUGAAGUGCCCGAAACGAAAAUCUUCCGUUACGUGGGCUCACUAAAUUUCGCAACGAACAUGUAUUUCCGACGUUCACUUUACGACAUUAUCGGUUUGGAUAUGAAGAAGCUGCAACGCAACAAGACAGCGGUGCAACAGAAUGGCAAAACCAUUGAAAAUGGUGAAGUGUCACAAUUGAACGCCUUCAAUUUCCUAAUAUUGGAUUUCUCAAUGUUGGGUCACGUCGAUGUGGCGGGUUGUAAAGCGAUAACCGAUAUAAUGAAGGAACUCAAAGCGCUGGGCGUGCGUUUAUUCAUCUCCAGUCCAUCGGAUCGCGUGUACGAUACAUUAGUGCAUAGCAUGGCGUUGGGCGAGGGACCGUUCGAAACUUUCCCCACACUACAUGAUGCUGUGGAAUAUGCCAAAGCUUGCCGGCUGGCAUGAGACUUAAUGUACAGAUUUGCAAAUGGGCGUGUAAGAUAUAUAAAUAAUAAUGCCUAAGGCAUUAAGUACACUGUAAAUAAAAGUGUAAAUAAAAGUAGCUGUGAAGCAAACCCAGGGUUGCUAACUCCGGUAAUAAAUACAAUUGCGUAGCGCAAUCUAGGAAUUUUAUAUACAUUUUAGGGAGCUUGUACCUUGAGUGAGUGUUAAGAAACAAAAAACCAUAAAGAAUUAAAAAUAAAAUUAAGCAAAAUUAAACUUAACUAGCGUGCUUAUAGCAAAUUGUAAAAAAUUCUUAAUAGUAAUAGUUAAAAUUUAAUUGAUUUUUUAAUGUUAAACUUAUAUGUUUUGAGUUUUUAUUGAAAUUGCAACCACCUAAUAUAAAAUAUAUACGAAAGAAGGUACAACGACGUUAACUACAAAUAUAAAUUAUUUAUUUUAUGUAUAUACAUAUAAAAACUAUAUACAAAAUGAAAAAAGAAAUAUUGUAAUAUAAGUUAAAAAUAAAUGAGAACUUAUAAAUAAAUAAUAUUACUAUUUACAGCGCGGUUUAUAGAGACAAAUAUAAAAAAGUAUAAAAUUUUACUAAUUAAUAACCGGUUUAUAACUGGUAAUUUUACUUAUUAAUAUCCGGUUUAUAACUAUCUGCGUCCACAAAGUAAAACAAAAUUAAAAAAUAUUUUGUUUUUGUAAAUUUUAAUAUAUUUAGAAUUUGUUUGAAUAUAAAAAAGAAAUAAUAAUUAAAUAAAAAAGAAUUAAUUUUUCUUAUUAUUAACCGGUUUAUAACUAUUUGUGUCCACAAAGUAAAACCAAGUCAAAAAAUUUGUUUUUAUAAAUUUUAAUAUUUUUAGAAUUUGUUUGAAUAUAAAAAAGAAAUAAUAAUUAAAUUUUAUAAAAAAUAUUAAAAUCAAAAAAAAAUGGCCACAACGCGUUAUUAACACAUUUAUUUAAUUAAUUUUUAUUUAUUUAUUAAAUUUGUACAUAAAUAUUUAUUUAAUAAAUUUAAUGUUUUUGUUAUUCUAAUUAAUUAUUGUUGCAUUACAACGCUUUAAAUAUCAUUUUGACAUAUAAAUUAAUCUGAAAGUUCAUUAGUUUCAAAAUUCAUAAAAACCGAUUUCAGCUGUUUUACCUUGUUGGCACAGAUAAUUGUAUUGUAAAUAAUAAUAAUAUGAAAUUAUUGUGAAAUAUGUACUUAGUGUUACAUACAAUAAGUAUGUAUGUAAAUUACUUAAUAAAUUAAAUAAAAUAUAUUUUAUAUUAAUAUAUAAAAAAAUUAUAUUA